AUGAAACAAUACAUCAAAAGGGAGGAAAUAAUAGAAAAAAUAAAAGAUGAAAUGCUAGAACAAUACAGGGGGUUGAUAAAAUUAGACGAUAUAGUUUUAGAGAAGAGAAUAACGUACCCUAAUCCAAAAAAAUACAAAGGAGCUGGUGAUAAAGAAGAGAUGAAAAAAGAAUAUGAAGAGCAGGAAAGGACAAUAAAAGAAAUUAAUAAACGAAAAAAAGAAAUAAUAGAAAAGUUAGAAGAUUUGAAAAAAAAAUUAAUAAUGCAAAUAGAGGAAAUAUUGGAAGUAUGUUCUACAAUAAAAGAGAGGUGCAAUGAUGAAAUAGGAAAGCAGAGCACUAUUAUAGUUGGUGAUAAAAAAGAUGCUUUUAAUGAGUACUAUAGUAAGAAGAAAAUAGAGAGCUUCGAAAAAAUGUUGGGAAAGCUAGAUAAGGAACAAAAGGAAGUAGAGGCUUUCUUAGCACGGUUAAAAAGCAAGAAUUUUUUAAGCAUGUUAAGUAAUAAAGAUGCUAGAGGAUUGUUUAAUGUGGCAAAGGAAGGAGUAAUGAACCCUUUAGAUACGUUGAAAAGUGGUUUGAAAACAGUGAGGGGAUUACCUUCAAUACUUUCUUUAGAGACAGAAUACGACUACAUAAAAUAUUAUUCUGAGCUAGAUGACAAGUAUAUAAAGGCAAUAAAAGAGGUGGAGGGUUAUAAAGUAAAGACGGAAAAAGGUGGCAAGCUCAUUUUUUAUGAGGAAGUAUUAAAAAGGCAAGAAACUGAUUCAUCAAG